AUGAGCAUGUCAUCUUCAGACCAACAGGUCUGGAAGAAGGUGCUAGCGGCGAAGAACAAGUCCAUGACUCUCGAUCAGAUCAUGACUAGUUUCCCUUCGAUGGGGAGGAAGGGAGUCAUGCAAUCUGCUGGAAACUUGGUCAAAUUGCGAUUGUUCACUACCAGAACAGACAAUGGUGAUAAGGCCACAACUGUAUUCGUCGCUCAGACGGCUGAUGAAGCUAAACAAAAAUCAGCAAUGACACCUGAACAAAAGAUAGUUUUACAAGUGAUCAACGCAGCCGGAGAAAGAGGUAUAGCAUCAGCUGCUAUAGGUAGACAAAUAGGUAAUGAGACUAUACCGCAAGCUUUGUUAAGGAAAGCAGUGAAGAAUCUGGAAUCCAGUGGUUUGAUCAAAACGUUCAAACCUGUCAACGCUCCAACUACUGUGUAUUACGUUAUGGCCAAUGUCAAGAUUCCGGAAGAGAUUUCAGGUGGUAUAUGGUUUGAUAAUAGUCAAGAAUAUGAUCAAGGCUUAGUCGAUGCCUUGUGCCAUGUCUUACGGGAUAGAGUGCAGAAGUUGACAUAUGCAGAUGUCAAGAAAAGAAGCGAUAAAGAGAAGAAGCUCAUUCCCAACGUAUUGUCGAUUUCCACGAAGAACCAUUCAUUGCUUACACCAAUAGCCUUGAAGAAUUAUGUCAACGCCCUGAAAGUCGCAUCGGUCGAGUUAUCGAUUAAGAACGUUAUGGAGAUCAUGAGAGCGUUAGAAUUAGAUGGUGAUGUAGAAGCUGUCAAGCCAUAUGGAUCAAUAUCGUUUGAUGAAGAACCUACUUUUUCAGACGACGAUGAUGGACCUAGUUCAUCAAAGAGGAAGAGAACAAAGCUCGAACUCGAUAUUGGCGAUGAUGAAGAUGACAUAGAUGAGGAGGAAAGAGAACGAAGAAAAGAAUUGGCUUUGAGAAAAGCUAAAGAGAAAGCUAGAGAGAAGAAAAGACGUGAUAGGCAAAAAGAGAAAGAAAAGGAGGCGAAAGAGAAGAAAAGGAAGAAGGAAGAAAAGAAGAGGAGGGAAAAGGAGAAAAAAAAGAGGAAGAAAGAGAAGGAGAAGGAGAAAGAGAAAGCUAAGAAAAAGAAAUCAAAGAAAAUCGUCGACUCCGAUUCGGAUGAGGGUUCACUUCUAGACAUAAAUGAAGAAGGCAAAUCGAAAUCGAAAUCGAAGAAACAUAAAAGAUCAAGAUCAUCAUCCGUAUCAUCCGUCUCCUCUUCUGCGUCAUCCAGUUCAGCAUCAUCAUCGUCAUCGUCUUCUUCUGUAUCCUCGUCAGGAUCUGCUUCGUCAGUAUCAUCAGUUGGAUCCGAUGAAAUAGAUUCCGCUCAAUUCCCUAUAAAAUCGAAAUCUCAAGCGAAUGGAUCAUUACCCCAAAUGAACUUUUUUCCAGGUGGUCUAGGUGGUGGAAUAACAGAUUUAACAGAUACGUCAAUCAUAUAUCGUGCGACAAAUAGAUCACUGAACAACAGUGGCACUGGAACUGGUCAGACUCAAAUAUCAUGUGGGAAAUGUCCAGUUUUCUCAUUUUGUGAAGAUGACGGACCUGUUAAUCCAAAUGGAUGUGAAUAUCUAACGAAAUACCUCAAUGAUGAUAUUGGUGGUUGGGACAAAGAAAUCUUGACUAAAAUGAGACCUGAUCUGCAUGAAAAUGAUGACGAAAAUGCAAUCGAAGGGAUAGAUAAAAAUGAAACCAAUGGUAUUAAUGGGAAUGGUCAUUUGGAAAGAAUUCAUGAUGAUCUCGAAAAUGGGUUCAAUGGAGAAGCAGAUGAACAAGAUUACAACAUGGAUGAUAUAUAA